GACGGUUGAUCUUGUGAAGAAAAAAAUCCCUGACAUCUGAGGAGCUCCCGGGAUUUAGCAAGCAUGCCUAGUGGUCGCAGCCUGCUCUGAGGAAACGGGUUCAUUCGAGUCAUACCAAGCUGAGCCUGCGUGUCAGUACAGUCGACUUUACAGCUGGCUGUAAGGUUAGGAAGAACUGGCACUACCUUUUUUGUCUGAACAUACAUUUAUACAUUCUUUACAAGUAUUAUACAAACGCCAUUUACAUUUUUGUCGGGAACUAUUUUAAAGCGUUUUACCUUGAUUCGAUGAUAUUAUUUUUGCGCGUAGAAAACUUGAGCUGAAGGCUGGGCCUUUUAACUGCUCUGUGUCGACCGAAUCGCCCACGUAAAUUAAACCGACUGCGGUCGCGUCAUUUUCCUCUCGACUCGGGUUGGAAGCAAAAUAAAGCUGGUCUUUUUUUGUUUGUUUUGCUAAACUGUUAAAUGCUUGUUACAAAAAUGGAUCUGUUGAAUUAUCAGUACCUGGACAAAAUGAACAACAACAUCGGCAUACUCUGCUAUGAAGGCGAGGCAGCCCUGCGAGGUGACCCCAGGAUGCACCAGUCCAUGUCCCUGUCAUCAUCUGGCGGCACCAACCAUAGUCACCGGACAGGUCCUCCUCCCAUCAGCCCCGGCAAGAGGAAGCACAGUCUCAGCCACAGCACAGGACAGGACCAACAGGACAAUGAUGACCAAGACUGUGACAACCAACACGUGGCCAAGAUGAGCCGGCUGUUUGCUGCACAGCUGCAGAGCAGAACCCCGUCGAUGUGAUUGGGGCCAUCCUCUUCCUUCCAUUUCCUGUAGUCCUGGAUCAGCGCCUAGUGCUUGUUAACAGCCUGGUAAUCUUGGGCGGUAUCCUGAUUUUCUCAUACUGGGAUUUGCGGUAAUACCGGCAGAGCACACAAGGGGGUGCUAAAAACAUAAGAAUUCAACAACCACAAAAAUACACACACUAAUAGCCAAAUCACAUAGACCCUCUUAAUUAAAUGUUGUUGAGUGAAAACCAACUAAUUACAAUAACAGAGACUCAUUAGUCAAUAUAGAAUGCUACUGAUUGGCCAGAUCGCUUUUCAAACAAACACGUGACUGGCUCAACU